GAUUUCUUUACACACUAGAUGGCAGUAACUAAUUCAUUCGCUCCCUCUUUCGCUAGCCAGUCUGUAAAAAGGAUAUGUUAUUUUCGGUAAGAAUAAACUCCCUCGUUGAUCGAUGGUUGGAGGAACAGCUUGUCUGACAAGCCAGGCUGAAGAACCUGCCCGGACCGAGAAUGUGGGCAGACCCCUGAAUUCACCAAUCAUGUCUCCCCGACUUUGGGGGCGGCUCAGGGCUACGUAUUGCUGGCUGCCUCCAGUAGGUUUCGUUGCUUGCCUUAUAGCUUGGGUUCGCUAUGCUGCAGCUAAGCUUUGCUCUCUCCAGACACGUUUUCCUGAAGAAGAGAAUCUUAGCGUCUUGUAAGAGGCCUGCUGCAUUCAUGACUACGUUGCUGAUCAAUCAGCCCCAGUAUGCGUGGUUGAAAGACCUGGGACUGAAAGAAGAAAACGAAGGAGUGUAUAAUGGGAUCUGGGGAGGAAGAGGAGAGAUUGUGACAACGUAUUGCCCAACUAACAAUGAGCCAAUAGCAAGUGUGCGACAGGCCAGCUUGGAGGACUAUGAAGAAACAAUAAAGAAAGCUAAAGACGCAUGGAAAAUAUGGGCAGAUGUUCCUGCACCUAAACGUGGAGAAAUAGUGAGGCAGAUUGGUGAUGCCUUGAGAAAGAAAAUCAAAGAUCUGGGAAGCUUGGUCUCACUAGAGAUGGGAAAGAUUUUUGUCGAGGGUGUUGGCGAAGUUCAGGAAUAUGUUGAUGUCUGUGACUAUGCUGUUGGCUUGUCCCGAAUGAUCGGUGGACCUGUCUUGCCUUCAGAAAGACCUGGCCAUGCCCUUAUAGAACAGUGGAAUCCUGUGGGAUUGGUAGGAAUUAUCACUGCGUUUAACUUCCCCGUAGCAGUGUAUGGUUGGAAUAAUGCAAUUGCAAUGAUCUGUGGGAAUGCUUGCCUCUGGAAAGGUGCUCCUACAACGUCCCUCAUUAGCGUAGCUGUUACAAAGAUAAUAGCCAAAGUUUUGGAGGAUAACAAAGUGCCUGGUGCAAUCUGCUCCCUGAUAUGUGGCGGAGCAGAUAUUGGUACAGCAAUGGCAAGAGAUGAGAGAGUGGACCUGCUCUCUUUCACUGGCAGCACUAAGGUGGGCAAGCAAGUGGCACUUAUGGUACAAGAGAGAUUUGGACGGAGUCUGUUAGAGCUUGGUGGAAACAAUGCCAUUGUUGUGUUUGAAGAUGCAGAUCUUAACCUCGUCAUCCCCUCUGCUCUAUUUGCUGCUGUGGGGACUGCAGGCCAGAGAUGCACAACUGCCAGAAGGCUGUUCUUGCAUGAAAGCAUCCAUGAUGAGGUGGUGGAGAAACUUGCUAAGGCAUAUGCACAGAUUCGCGUCGGUGACCCUUGGGACUCUACCACUCUGUAUGGGCCUCUCCACACUAAACAAGCAGUGAUGAUGUUCCUUGAUGCAGUGGAACAAGCCAAACAGCAGGGUGGCUCGGUGGUGUAUGGUGGGAAGGUUCUAAAUCGCCCUGGCAACUAUGUUGAGCCAACGAUUGUGACUGGCCUUCCCCAUAAUGCAUCCAUCGUGCACAUUGAGACAUUUGCCCCCAUUCUUUAUGUGCUGAAAUUCAAGACAGAAGAAGAGGUCUUUGCUUGGAAUAAUGAAGUAAAACAAGGUCUCUCUAGCAGCAUCUUCACCAAGGAUUUGGGCAGGAUUUUCCGCUGGCUUGGGCCUAAGGGAUCAGACUGUGGUGUUGUAAAUGUUAACAUUCCAACCAGUGGGGCUGAGAUUGGAGGUGCUUUUGGUGGUGAAAAGCACACUGGUGGUGGAAGAGAAUCUGGUAGUGAUUCAUGGAAACUGUACAUGAGAAGGUCCACUUGUACAAUCAAUUACAGCAAGGAUUUGCCUUUGGCUCAAGGAAUCAAGUUUCAAUAACAACCUUGUGAAACAGGGUAUCCUGAAAACUCCUGACAUUUCAGAGCCAUGCACUUUCUAAUCUUUGAUUGAGAUAAUGAUUUGAAACUAUACUGCACCAAAAUAACGGCAGCAGCUACCGUACAAUUGUUAUAGAAAAUUGCCAGAAAGCCAAUUGUUAUAUUUUGCAUCAAUUUAAAUAAUGUAUCAAAUUCUUAUUUGAUCUUUGGGGGAAGGGUUUUGCAUUGGAUUAAAGUGGCUUGCAGAAUUUUACAAUGCCUUUUCUAUGUACUGCAGUGUCAGCAGAAUUUCUAUGCCCUUGUCCAAACACUGAUCUUGCUGUGGGUGUGGUUGUUAAAUCAACGCUUCAGAAAUGCAUAUUUAGUGUUUAACAAGUACCGGUCCCAUAUCGGGGACUGUAAUACAGGGGCGGCUGAACCCCUCUUAAAUGUAUAAAUAAAAGCACAUUUCAGAGA